GCUAGGAGGCGGGCGGCUCCGCCCAUCCCUGGCUCGCCGGGCCUGCCCCGCUUGGCUCGCAGAGGCUCACUACUGGCAAGGGGGCGGUGCCGGAGCCGCGUGGUGUCUGAGGACCAGGGUCCAGUGUUUGGAGGGACAUUUCAGCCCUCACAGGACCGUGGUGCUUCUCCGUCAUCUUGUCGUAGCACUCUUACCUGUGACAACUUCGUAGUUUUCGAGUUUUGCGCCUAGAGUGAUGUAACAUGCCAUUCUGACGUCAUUUCUUAUCCUAUGACGUAAUCAUGGAGGCUGUGGGCCUCCGGAAGCCUCAUUGACUCUCUUGGUCCUCUUACACCCUCAGAAUGGCCUCGCCCCUUGGGGGCAAGCCGUCUACUCCACGGGUGGAGACUGCCCACUACAAGGAGACGUCGACAGUCCGCGUGGAGACAUCGUCCCAUCGCGUGGAGACAUCCUCUCUACAGGUGCGAACGUCUUCCCGGCAGGUGGAGACCUCCCACUCCCCCUCUGGAAAGCAGUUUCCUCGUGUCCUUGAUGUUUCCUCCCAACACGUGGAAAGCUCCUCACAGCGCAAAGAAACAUGGUCCCGCCACGUCAGGAUCUCGUCUUUGCAAGUGGAGACAUCUCUGCAACGUGCAGAGAGCCCGCCAGGCGGGACAAGAAGACCUCGUGCCAAAACAUAAAACUGGCCUGUUGAAAUGCUUCCCAAGGGUCGUGGCCCAUAGCCAGGGCAGAAUUGUUUCCACUUUCCAGCUAGCCAGCUGUCAGGAGGACCAAUCAUAUUUCGUUUCAUGGAAACAGCCCAUAAAUCAAUGUAAGAAAUAGCCAAGCUGCGGUUUCUGGAUUCAGCCAACAUUUAUUGACCAUGGUGCACCUUGGAUCAUUCCGCUUUUGACCCAGUGAACUAUUUAACUUGAAGCCAGUAUAAAAGGUUUUCAGGCCCGUGAUACUGUGUAAAGUAAGUUGAUGGACAGAGAGGCUAUUUGAAACUCUGAGCCAGUUACCUAGAAGACUUGUUUGAACAUGACUCUGAAAAAGACAAAACACCUGAUUUCUGGAUGAUUGAUUCUCCAGGAAGGACACAGGAUCCUGUUAGUUUCUUCCUGCAAUCUUUGUUUCAUAAGAGGUUUUGUUUUGUUUUUUUCUUCUUUUUUUUUUUUUUUGGUAUCAGGGAUUGAACUCAGGGGCACUCAACCACUGAGCCACAUCCCCAGCCCUAUUUUGUAUUUUAUUUAGAGACAGGUUCUCACCAGUUGCUUAUUGACUCUUGGUCGCUGAGGCUGGCUUUGAACUUUCGAUCCUCCUGUCUUAGCCUCCCGAGCUGCUGGGAUUACAGGUGUGCACACAAUGCACUGCCUGUAACUGACUGCCUGUAUCUAGGUUUUAUCUAGGUUUUUUCUUCCAAUUUUUAUUUAUUCAUGUUUCAGAACUUAAAUCCAAAGAGACAUGCAGAGCAAGAAAGUGUUGAAGAGGACAAAGUCCUGAAGAAAAAGACAUCAGCCAUACAAGUAUCUUUUACAGAUUCCACAGCUUUAAAAUGAUUCUGUAUGUUGGAGAAACCUGUUUGUCAUAAUUGUUAAUGUACUUACUGCAUUUUGUAAAUGUGUGUUAGCCAUAUUGUGGGUCAUCCUCCUCACAUGGUUGUCUCUUGGAAGCUCCAAAGGAACGUGGUGCUGUUGUACCUAUGACAUGCUAUAUAAUGCUAAGCACAAUGUGUGUACUUAAUAAUGAGUGAAGAGCAGUAUUCUAUCCAUUCCCAGCCAAGAAAGCCUUUAAUGGCUCAAUCUAAUAAUCCAUUGGAUUUAUUGUGGUCUGUAGUAGUUGUGACUUGCCUUCAGUCACAGCCAGCCAGGUUUUGGUUUGAGAAAUUAAGUACAAGUCCAUCUAAGGAAGAAGUUAGCACUUCUUAUGCUCCUCCAAAUCCCCUCUCAUUUAUAUAUAAGCUAUGGGCAGCUUACAAAAUUGAUACAUCUGUUGUAUUGAAAAAUACUUGAAAUGAAAAAAUGAUAUUGAUGGGAUUCUCUUUCCCCAAACUACACAAACCAUGGGUAAGAACCAUGAGUCUAACCAGCAAGGUUUUUGGUUCAAGUCCUGACCUGUAUUUUCCAGAAUUUCUGUUCCUCCAUCCUUCUGUUACUCCCAUCCAGUAUGGCCAAUACAAAUAUCCAAGCCUGGAUACUUGAUCCAGCCUCUUGGUUUAAUAACCUUUAACUAUGUAUCUCCUACAAAUAGCCUCAGCCCUUUCUAUUCUACCUACCACCCUGAGCUAUAUAUAUGGUUAGAAUUGCAUGGCUGCAAUAACAAAAACCCACCCAAAGUGGCUGAAACAAGUAGGAAUUUGUCUCACACAACAGUAAGUCCCAUGGCAUUUCAUCCCAGUAAUGCCAUCAGAGGUCCCGUCAGUUUUUCUGUUAUACCAUCUUUAGUACAUUAUCUUUGCCUUCCUGCCUGCUUCCUCGUGGUUACAAGUGCUUUUGUACCUCCAACUCUCCCACCUGCAUCCAAUCAGACAAAAGGGACCAGGGAAGGGAUUGAGUUGUGUUUUUUUCCUACCAAGAUUUUGCCUUAUUAGUUGGAAAGGCAAACCUUUCCCAAGGACUUCUGUUUGUAUUUCAUUGGCCAAAACUGAAUCAUAAUGGGUACCCUUAGCUGCAAGGGAGGUAAGGAAAUCAAGUAUGGCACUUCUUUCAGGUGAUCGUUAGUAGUUCUCUCAAAUGUCUUAGCAGUUACCUUGCUCUUUUCAUCUUUAGUGUAUCAUUGACCAGAGUAAGUCCCUGAGGACUGUCAGAAGGCCUUCCUUAUGGCCUUUGCCUCAUAUUGGUGCUAUGGAUUUGAAUAUCUGAAAUAUAUUUUUACUGGAUAAAUUACUCUCUUUUUUUUCCUUUCAGAACUUUAAAGGUGUUGCUUCACUAUCUUCUUAUUUGCAUUGUUUCCAACUAAAAAAUUAGCUCUCUCCUAUCUUUGUUCUUCUGUACAAUGCUUCUCUAUGACUUCAUAUAAUUUUCUCUUUAUCAAUGGUUUAAGCAAUUUGAUUAUGAAGUGCCAGAGUGAAGUUUUCUUAAUGUUUCUUGUGAGUUUAUUGUACCUUUUGGAUCUUUGGUUUUAAUAAAAUCAGAAAUUCUUUAGUUUUUCUGUCCUUCUCCCCCCCCCCCCCCACGGGUGUCAAUUACGGGCAUAUUAGGCUUCUUGAAGCUAUCCCACAUCUCACUGAUGCUCUGUUCAUUUUUUUUAAAACUGUAUUUCAUCAGAUAGUUUUUUUUUUCAUCAGAUAGUUUUUAUUAUUUCAAGUUCACUAAUCUUUUUUUUCUCUUUUUUGCAUUGUCCAAUUUAUCAUAAACAUUACCUCAUGUUUUCUUUUUAUCUCACUCAUUAUUGGUUUAAAUAGUUGAAUUUGGGUCUUUGCAAUAUUUUCCAUAUAUAAAUGAUUUCAUAUAUUCUGUGUAUAUCUAUUUGCCAUGUUCAACCUUUCCUCCAGUUUCUUAAACAUAUGCGAUAUAGUUUUAAUAACCACUUUAAUACCCUGUCUAAUUCUAUCAUCUUUGUUAUCUCUGGACAGUUUCUAUUGAUUGACUUUUCUCUUUAUUAGAGUUGUAUCUUGUUUGUUUCUUUUCAUGUCUGGUUAUUUUUGUUUGAAUGGCAAGCGCUGUGAAUUUUAACCUCACUGAAUGUUGUAUAUUUUUGUAUUCUUACAAAUAUUCUUGAGCUUUGUUCUAAUAACUUUUAACUUUAAGUUAUUUGGAAAUAAUUUGAUCUUUGAGUCUUGAUUUUAAGGUGUUGUUGGGUCAGAGUAGUGUUAAAUGAAGGGUUAAUGUUUUCCUACUACUAAGGCAAAACUUUCUAAGUCUCCCCUUGAUAACCCCUGCUCUUAGUGCAUAUGAGCUUUGGAGUGGUCCUCUCCUUCAGGUGGUACUUUUCUUGCCCUUGAAUAGUUUUCUCAUACACAUGCAAGGAUCAGCCCUCAGCUGGAUACUUGAUGGGGACCUCUGCUUAUCUCUCUCUUUCUGCAUAACUUUCCCAUUUUCAGCAUGCUGUUCUGUGAAUUCUAGCUAUGUUGGCCUCUUAUCCCAGCUCUUAUCUCAGAGAAGUGAAAGUACUCUGCCAAAGUUCCUCCUUACGUUGCAGCCUGAAAGCUUUCUCCAAAUAGUAAGCUGGGGCAAUCAUAGGGCUUGCCUUUGUUUCUUCAGCUAUUCCAGGUAAGAGGAUAAAUCCAGUCCCUGUUAUUCCAUUCUGGUUGGAAGCCCUCUCCUCCUUAUUAUUUAACAUAAAUUUUGUUGGAGAUGAACUUUGCCAUUUAGUUCCCACGUAACAGAAUAUUCAGAUGAGACUGUGACUAAAUUUAUGGAGUAAUCAUUGUAGCCUAGAGAUGGAUGGUAUCACUAUCUUCCAGAGAUGGAUACAAUGACUGUUGAGACUUUGUGUCUCUCUUUUUUGAGGAGAAAGUAUCUUUAUUUCUCUGAACAAUCAUUGCAUUAUGUUUCUAACACAAUGUAACUAUUAGAUUAAUUAGAUCGGGGAGUAUAGAAGUUUAAAUAUAAAUGCUGAUUGGCCAAUAUAAUUGACUGUAGCAGUUGGAAUUUUGUCCCUUGACUCCAAACACCCCUUCUGUACUCAGCUUUAUGGCUAAGACUAGGUCUCAAGGUAUUUCUAUUGAAAUACCUUCAUGUUAAGCUCAGGGGACAGGGAGGCACCAGAGGGAGCAUUCAGUCUGGAGGAGGACAGCAAGUCUUCUCCCUGACUGCUAUGUUCUUCCUCCCUCUUCCCCCAUGUGCUUCCUGUGAGCAUACUGACACCAACAACUAACUCUUCACCCAGGAAUCAGCAAUGUCUUCCCUUAGUGGUGGUUGAAUAUUGUUUUUAAUUCUCUAUUUGAAGAACCCAUUUUACUGCGCCCCUCUUCAAAACACCAGUAUUCCUCCAAGUUUCUAGGUUUUAGUAGUUCUGAUCUCAGUUCUUUCCUGGAGGUAAUGUAAGGAAAGAACUGAAUGAAGGAAAUCAAGAGAGAGGAGAGGUGGCUCACAGUAACACAGGUUUAUUCAGACAAACCUGCAGAGAGGGCCCAGUGGAGAGUCCUUUCUUCCAUUUACAGCCUAGGGUAGUUAUAGGGGCAUGAGGCAGUGGGGGAUUUUGCUAGGGGAUUGUCAGGGAAGCGUGCUUGUAGUCAUCACCUCCAUUGUUUAGGUGGUCACUGUGACAUGUCAAACCCAGUGCUUUUCAGAAUUGCAGUCUCUCAAAACAAUUUUCUUUCUUUGCAUGAUAAUGGAGUAUUGCCUAGGGUUUAGGUCAGGGUGAUUCAGGGUGUGAGAUAACUGUUGUUCUAAGAUGGAGGAUAUGUUUCAAAAUGGUGUUGCCUGUGUCCAGUUCUUCCUAACAGGCAGGGCAUCUUUUCCAUAUGCUUAUUAUCCAGGCAGGUUUCCUUUUCAUGUGGAUUGCCUAUUCAUAUCCUUUGUUCAUGUUCUUCUUUCUAAUUUUUAAACUGAUUUUUCUGAGUCCUAAAUAUUCUGAAUACAGAUUUUCAUUUAUUUGCAUUGUAAGCAAAGUUUGUGGCUUGCCUUCCUCUUUUUAAGUUUCAGAAGACAGUUCCUCACUUUCCACCAUGUGCCUCCAUCUUAACUGGCUUCCUUUCAUAAUGGCAGCCAUGUGUAUCUGUCUUAAUAAACUGACCCCCCUGGAGUGCUAUCCCAGGGUUUUUUAAGCUUCUAGUCAAAACUAUUAAAGGCUGGUCAUAACCAGCAUUUUAAAAAAGUAAAAAGAAGAAAAUAUAUCAGAGUGCUUCACACUGUUUAAAAUAGAGAAGAGAAAGAAGGAGAGAUUUGAACAAUUCAAUUAUGAUUCAAUGUCAAAAGUACUAUGUUACUAGAAAGGGAAUAGGCUUCUGCUGGGUCAAUCCAUCAAGCACCCAUUGGUAAGAACAUUUUGAAAAGAAGAGAAUAGUAAGACAAUCACUGUUAGCCUGGAUACAAGCAAAAAGUUCUAGUUAAGGAUUAGUAGAUUUACUGAAAGUUGUUAAAAGACUUUCAUGUCCUGUAAGGUUGACAUAAGCUAAGUGUACAAGAAAUUAGUUUCUCAGAAGAGGUCUUCAUCCCAUUAAAUCCAUCAGAAAAUUGCUUAAGUAUUUUAUCAAAAGAUAAUUCAUCCCUUUGGCUGGGCAUGACGGUAUAAACCUGUAAUCCUAGUGACUUGUGAGGCUAAGGCAGGAGGAUCACAAGUUUGAGGCCAGCCUCAGCAAUUUAUUGAGGCCCUAAGCAAGUUAAGUGAGACCUUCUCUCAAAAUAAAAAAAAAAUAAAAAGGUCUGGAAAUGUAGUUUGUUGGUUAAGUAUCCCUAGGUUCCAUUCCCAGUAUCAAAAAAAAAAAAAAAAAGAUAAUCCCUCAAAAGAAGUUUGUAGCUUCUAUUCCCAAAACAUCCCUGAGCCAGCUAAGGUGUGGGAUAAUUUCAUUUUAUAGUGUAAAGGCAUGUUUCAUGAACAUUGUUUCUGAAGAUGCGUAUCAUGUCUUGAAGUAAACUUUUACUGUGCAUGACUGUUUAAAGUGGUUUGAAAACACUAUGCUGUUUUUCAGAGCUGAUAUCUGUUCAACGCCUCAGAAAUUCCAAGGGUACCAGUUUCUGUUUUUUGGGAAACUGCUCCAUCUUUGCAGGCAUCUGGGUGUUCCUCUGGAUACCCUCACAAACUUAUCUGUAUUCCUGGUAGACUCAAAUCCACCCCAGUUCUGUUCUUUCCUCAGAAGAACUUCCUCAUAAGGCUUCAUUUCAUUUGUUAAAGGGUCCCAAUGCUAAAAUAAAAUAUUU